ACUUUUCCUGUUCCUGGGAGAAUAAGGGGAAAAACAUUCCAGGCAGAGCAAAUAGCAUUGUAAAGGCAAGCAAACCUCUAUGUGGAGCAACGAACGGGACAGGAGAGGAUGGCGAUAGUCACAGAGGAACUUCAUAAAACGCUGUGUGAGAAGGCUAGACUUAACCCAUAAAACGAUGAUCUACUCUGUCCCGUGAACACUCCUGGGUUAGGUGGUACUUACUGUGUGCCGGGCAUGGUUCUAAGUGCCUUAUGCCAAUCAACUCACGUCACCUCCUGAGGUGCCAAGAUAAACAACUUGCCCAAGGUCCCACAGAUGAGGGACCCGAGGCUCAAAAGGGUCACAUAAGUGGCAGGUCUGCGCUCUUUCACGAACACUGCGGCUCUGCAACCAUGUUAUCAACAAGGACACAGGGUCCAUUCAGCGGGACUUACCAGGAGGUUUCCUGAGGAGGCGGGACUUGAGCUGAGUACUGAGGGUCCAUGGAUCAGGGUGAGCAGAGGCCAGGAAAGCUUAAGCUGCGGGGGCUCCAGGGCACUUUGAGAAAAGCAGGGAAUCCAGAAAAAAGAACCACAGAGGGGACGCCCAAAGCUUCAGAGCGGCAGCAUCCGGAAACAGUUCAGCAAACCAGCGCCACCCUCAGGACAAGGCCUGGCCCAACUUUUGGUGCCCUUUAUAUCAAAAGGCAGCAUUGAUCCGCGUUCCUGGAUGAAGUUUAUCAAAGUAAACGCAAGUCUGACGGAGACAAAUUACUGUUGCGUUAACAUUGAGAUGGUUUUUGUUUCUGGAGAUGAUUCUACACGGGGAGAGGAGCGCAGCGAACACUGAGGCAGGCCUACUUAAGAGCUCCGGGAACCCACCUCCAGGAUUUCUAAUGGACUCAGCGAUUCCACCAACACCUCUGCCAGGUUCCUCCAGCCGCUGUAGCGGGGCAUCAGGAGAGAGCGAGAGCGCGUGCAGAGACCCAGCAGGACCCCCUCCUCCGAGCAGCAGAGGAGGGCCAAUAGCUGGAGCGUCAGACUUGUGGCAAGGAAAAAGAGGUUUACCAUCGACGGGCAGCCAGAGGAGGAGAUGGGAGAUGGCUUUUCCCUGCCGCAGGUCGAUAAAGAACCCCAAGACUCUGACCAGCUUUCUGGUGGGUGUGAGUUUCCUGGCCCUGCAUCUGUGGUUUCACCAAGUGCCCAGCUUCCAGCAGGAGAAGAGGGGGGGUGGCUCCCCCCACGCUGCCCCUGUGACCCCUGAGGCCCCUGCUGCCGCGCAGCCUUCGGUGGUCAGUUCAGGGCCCCCGUGUGUGGCCAACGCCUCGGUGAACGCCACGGCCGGCUUCGAGCAGCUGCCCGCGCGCAUCCAAGACUUCCUGCGCUACCGCCACUGCCGCCACUUCCCGCUGCUCUGGGACGCGCCGGCCAAGUGCGCGGGCCGCCACGGCGUCUUCCUGCUGCUGGCCGUGAAGUCGUCGCCCGCCAACUACGAGCGGCGCGAGCUCAUCCGGCGCACGUGGGGGCAGGAGCGCAGCUACGGCGGGCGGCCGGUGCGCCGCCUCUUCCUGCUGGGCACGCCCGGGCCCGAGGACGCCGAGCGCGCCGAGCGGCUGGCGGCGCUGGUGGCGCUGGAGGCGCGCGAGCACGGCGACGUGCUGCAGUGGGCCUUCGCCGACACCUUCCUGAACCUCACGCUCAAGCACGUGCGCCUGCUGGACUGGCUGGCGGCGCGCUGCCCGCACGCGCGCUUCUUGCUCAGCGGCGACGACGACGUCUUCGUGCACACGGCCAACGUGCUCCGCUUCCUGGAGGCGCAGCCGCCCGACCGCCACCUCUUCGCCGGGCAGCUCAUGGACGGCUCGGUGCCCAUCCGCGACAGCUGGAGCAAGUACUUCGUGCCGCCGCAGCUCUUCCCCGGGCGGGCCUACCCCGUGUACUGCAGCGGCGGCGGCUUCCUCCUGUCCAGCCACACCAUCCGGGCCCUGCACACGGCCGCUCGCCACACGCCGCUCUUCCCCAUCGACGACGCCUACAUGGGCAUGUGUCUGCAGCGCGCCGGCCUGGCGCCCAGCGGCCACGAGGGCAUCCGGCCCUUCGGCGUGCAGCUGCCCGGCGCCCGGCACCCCUCCUUCGACCCCUGCAUGUACCGCGAGCUGCUGCUCGUGCACCGCUUCGCGCCCUACGAGAUGCUGCUCAUGUGGAAGGCGCUGCACGACCCCGGGCUGAGCUGUGACCGGGGGCGCAGGGUCUCCUGAGGCCGGCUGGGCCGCGCUGGGGGGAUGAGCAGCCUCCAAAUGUGACGUUUUCCGUGGUGAGAAUGCAUCUUCCCUGCUCCGGAUACCUUCUAUCCUACCCAUCUUGGUGCAGCUGAAUGCCAGCUGCACGUUGGAAUCAUCUGGGUGGGGGGAGGGGGGUAUGGAAAAUACCUCAGUCCUGGUCGCAUCUCCACAGGUUCUGAUUGCAGUGAUCUGGGAUGCCCUCAGACGUCUGGGUGUUUGUUAAGGUCCUCAGGUGACUCGAAUGUGCAGCUCGGAAUGGAGCCCACUGGGUUAGGAAUGUCCGUUAUCCUUCCAAACCCACCUCCAUUGCUCCCUCUUGGAGCCGUCUAGGGCGCCUAGCUCCUGCACUCUAGUCACUGUGGGCAAUGGAGCAAGGGAGGUGUCGGGGCCAGGAUCCAAUGUUACCUGUUGGGUGCAGCACACAUACGAGUUGUCACUUGUAUCAUUUCCUCCACAAAUGAGCAGAGCUGGAACUGGAGCUGAACUGACAGUCACGCGAUGCAUUCCCCUCCCCCGGAAGUCAGUCUACACUUGGGACCUAAAAAGCGACACCCUAGAGUCAGAGCUGAGAGUGUCUGAGAGUGUCUUCCUCCCACCCAGUUCUCUCCCACCCACUGUGAGGUCAGAAUCUCCGCGUGCAAAGUGGGAACCGAGGCCGGGUCAGGGCAGUGGCUAAUCCAGGGCCAUGUCGUCCCCUCCAUGCUGACCCGCCCAUUGGGGCCCCACCCAGGCAUGCUUGCCCCACCAACACUCACUCCCCGGGGUCAGAGAAGCCUCUGCAUCUUCGCACAAGCACUGAUCUGUCUACUUGAAAUGUCCUCUGACCGCACCACCAUACCUGUCUUUUGCGUCAGUCACAAUGCCGGCAGGGGAGGCUGCCAGCCCUCCACCAAAAUCUGCUACCCUCUUCCUCCUGACACUCUCCAGACCACACUUCCCAGCCCCCGUUGCAGCUGGCGCGGCCGUGUGACCAGGCUCUCUCCCAUGGAUGUGUGUGGACGCGAUGAGGACCACUCCCGGACCCGGGCUCACCUGUGCUCGCUCUCUCCUUCCCCUGGAGUGGAACAUGGAUGGGCCUGUGACCCAUCCCUGACCUCGCAGAUGAGGACAACAUCCCAAGCUGGAGCUGGGGUUCUCGACCUUGGCACUGCUGACCUUUUGGGUCGGGCAGCUCUUUGUUGUGGGGGCUGUCCUGCGCUUUGGAGAACAUUUAGCCGUGUGUCCUGUCCUCUGCACACUAGAAGCCAGCAUCACACCCAGAAUCACGACGACCAAAAAUACCUCUGAACAUCGCCAAAUGUACCCUGGUGGGCAAAUUUGCCCCUGGCUGAGAUCCUCUGGCCUAGAGGAAGGCAGAAAAACAAGAGCGUCUCUCAGUUGCUGCCUAGAGCAGAGCUGGCCAUGGACUGACCUGGAAUACUCAGGCCCGACUAUGGAGAAGAACAAUGUAAACUUUUAUGUGUUUUCAGCCUCUGGGGUUUUGUGGGCUCUUUGCUACAGCAGACUUGCCCCACGUAACCUAACGUGUCCUCUCUGCUCGCUUGUUUCUCCCCAAUCAGACUGGCUGCCCCCAGAGAGAGGGACCACGCCUGAUUCACAUCGAGCUGGCACAGAUUGGCUCCGAGGGGACCAAAGGCAAGUCCUGUCACGCCCACUCUGGGAACCUGAGCAGGCCAGCUCACCUCUGAGCCCCUCUGUCCACGCUGAUGAUCCAUGGAGGGAGGGCAUGCAAGCGCAGCCCUGGUAUCACCUGGACUCACCCGGCCGCGCCCGGCUCAUCUGGCUCUUGCGCCCCGCGGCCACCAGGGGGCGCCCUCCACCCACGGUUUCCGCGCGGAGGCGGGCGGCGGGUCCUUGGGUCGGUGCAGAGUCGGUGCAAAUUCGGGCUCCGGGAGCCUGUGCUGCCGACCCCCUUUACUGGGCCUGCGAACUGACAAGGGCCCCCUGAGCAAGGGAAAUGAUCCUGUCUCCCUCGCAAACACAGGCGCAAAGUCCUACACGAAAUGCCAGCAGACGGAACGUGGUACUACGUAAAAAGGGUAACAUCAGCACCUCGGUGGGUUCAUCCCCGAAAUUCGAGAUGGGGCUAGCGUUAGAAAAGGAAUCGGAAUAUACGAAGAAAAGAGGAAGAUCUGUCGAUGUGGUACAUCACACCAAGAGAAAUAUGAGUACCUCAGAUGAGGGAGAAAAAGAGAAUUUUUGAUAAAAAAUAUCCAUUCGUGAUUUUAAAAAAAUCUUAGUACAAGGUGAAAGCAUUUCCUCUAAGAUCUGGAACAAGACCAGAUGUGCCGUCAUCACCACUUCUGUUCAACAUUGUCCAAGACUUGAGAGCACAGCAAGGCAAGAUAAAGCUUCAAAAAUAUAACAACUUGAAAAAAGAAAGAAAAUGAUCAAAACCUCAGAGGUUUGCAACCCUAUCAGAUCCAAUUUCCCCUUUCUGUAACAAAUUGAUGCCGUACUCCCUAUCCUGAAAUGGAAUUCUUAGAUAACAUAAUCUGUCCACACAGACAUUUUCAAAAAGUCGAUAUAAUUUUUAAUUGUAAUGUAAAAGAUUAAUAAGAAAUACUUUAAAAUAAAUAGUAUGA